CAGGAAAGCCCCGCACCCGCCGCCAUCCCGGCCACCAGCAGGUGCCACUUCCCGCUCGGGCGCCCGCCGGGGAAUGGACCGGAGCGCGCAGGCCUCUUGUCCUGGGACAAGCUGCAUCCUGUCUGCCGAUCCAGCCCCUUCGCGCUGGUUUGUGGUCAGGAGUGAGGAGAGGAGCAAGGGGCCCGCACACCCUCUGGGCUCAGGAAGAGCCUGCUCGGUCACUUCCGGACGGUGCUGGCUGCUGACAUUUCAGGACCUGCCACUCACCUGCCCCAGAUAAAUCAGGUGCCUUAGGACCUCCCGAUGGGGUGGCUUGGCUCUGGGCUCACGUUCCCUGUGAGCUGCCUGAUCCUGGUGUGGGCAGCAGGCUCUGGGAGUGUUCAGGUCCGGGAUCAGCCCACCUGCUUCUCCGACUACCUCAGCACCUCCACCUGUGCGUGGAGGAUGGGCGGCCCCACCAACUGCAGCGCCGAGCUCCGCCUCACCUACCAGCUGGAUUUUCCGAACUCCGAAAACCACACGUGUGUCCCUGUGAAUGGAGAGAGCGCCGUGUGCCGGUGCGACAUGCUGGUGGACAUCAUAGUCAGUGGGGACACCUACCAGCUGGACCUGUGGGCUGGGGAGCAGUGGCUGUGGAGUGGCUCCUUCAGGCCCAGCGAGCAUGUGAAACCCAGGGCCCCCGGAAACCUCACGGUUAACGCCACCGACUCCCACACGUGGCAGCUGACCUGGAGCGACCCGUACCCACCUGAGAGUCUCCUGCACUCUGAACUCUUCUACCUGGUCAACAUUUCAAAUGACAACGACCCCACGGAGUUCCUCGUCAGCAAUGUGACCUACAUGGAGCGCACCCUCCGUGUCCCAGCCAGCACCCUGAGGCCCGGGGCCCUCUACAGCGCGCGGGUGCGGGCCUGGGCCCCGGACUACAACAGCCUGUGGAGCGAGUGGAGCCCCCGCGUCCAGUGGCUUCACGGUUGGCUGCUGCACACAUCCUCAGGCCCCCAGGACAAAGGGAAUGAAAGGCUGCCACGAGCAAAUGCACUCCCGCAUCUCUCUUUCAUCAGGAAGCAAAAAAUCCUCCCAGGAGCUUCCCUAGCAGACUUCCCCUUGCAUCUCAUUGGCCAGGACUGUCACAUGGCCUCUCUCAACUGCAACUACGAGUUGCCCUGGGAGCAGCACCUCCCACUUGCCGUCGGCAUCUCCUGCAUCGUCAUCAUGGUCGUCUGCCUGUCCUGCUACUUCAGCAUCCUCAAGAUUAAGAAGGAAUGGUGGGACCAAAUCCCCAGCCCGGCCCACAGCUCCCUCGUGGCUGUUGUCAUCCAGGAGCCUCAGGUGCCACCGCGGGGGAAGAGGCCCGGGGGCCAGGAACCAGCCAAGUGCCCAUACUGGAAGACGUGUCUGACGAAGCUCCUGCCCUGCUUACUGGAGCCUGGCGUGGAAAGGGGUGACGGUUCCUCCCCGGCGGCCAGGAGCGGGCCUGUCCAGGGCCCUAGGAAACCAGCCUGGCGCCCCGUGGAGGUCAGCAGCACGGUCCUCUGGCCGGAGAGCAUCAGCGUGGUGAAGUGCGUGGAGCUGCUCGAGGCCCCGGUGCAGAGUGAGGAGGAGGAGCUGGUGGAGGAAGAUGGAGGGAGCUUCUGCCCCUCGCCUGAGAACAGCGGCGGCAGCUUCCAGGAGGGCAGGGCGGGCAUCGCGGCCCGGAUGACGGAGAGCCUGCUCCUGGACCUGCUCGGGGGCUCGGAGGGGGGCUUUUGCCCGGCAGGCUCGGGGGAGCCCUGCCUUCUUCCUCCUUCAGCAGGUGUGAGUGCUCAGGUGCCUUGGGCUGAGUUACCAGGUGAGGCGCCUCAGGAGGCCUCACUUCGGAGCAGGGGGCAGCCUUCUGACCCAGAGCCGCCCCCAGCCACUCGGACGCAGAGCCCAGCCUGCCUGGCUGUCGCAGAGCUGCCCGCAGCCACCAUCACCGACAACCCUGCGUACCGCAGCUUCAGCAGCUUGCUGCGCCCGCCCUCGGGUCCUGGAGAGCUGGACUCAGACCCGCAGCUGGCCGAACACCGGGAGGACGGGGACCUCAAUGUCCUCUCUGCUCCCCAGGCCUCUGAGCCACCCGCUGCGCUCCAGCCUGAGCCAGAAACCUGGGAGCAGGGCCUCCGGUGGAGCGUCCUCCAGCACAGGGCGGCCGCCCCCGCCUCGGCCCCCGGGGGCUACCGGCAGUUCGCGCAGGCGGUGAGGCAGGGCUGCGCCCAGGGCGGCGAGGCGGGCGGCCCUUCCAGAGAAGCCGGGUACAAGGCCCUCUCCAGCCUGCUGGCCAGCAGUGCCGUGUGCCCAGCGCCACCUGGGGUGGAGGCCAGCAGCGGGGAGGGGGCCUACAGGCCCUUCCAGGGCCUCACUCCUGGCAGCCCUGGGGUGCCUGCCCCUGUCCCCCUGUUCACCUUUGGGCUGGACAUGGGGCCACCUCCCCGCCCUCAGAACUCGCUCCUCCCCAGCGGCUCCCUGGAGUGCCCGGGUCUGGAGCCAGUGGCACAGGGAAAGGACAGCCAGAAGCACCUGCUCGCCCUGGAGCAGGCCACGGCCCCCCUCGGGGACGACCUGGGCAGCGGCAUCGUCUACUCGGCCCUCACCUGCCACCUGUGCGGCCACCUGAAGCAGUGUCACGGCCAGGAGGAGCGAGGCGAGGCCCACAGCGUGGCCCCCCGCUGCUGUGGCUGCCACUGUGGAGGCAGCUCUGAGCCCCUGGGGAGCCCCCUGCCAGGCGGGGUUCUGCUGGAGACCAGCCUCCCUCCGGCCUCCCUGGCACCCUUGGGUGUCUCGGAGAAGGGCAAGGCCCCCCUGUUCUUCCAGCCUGGCCCCAGCCAUGCUCAGAGCUCAAGCCAGGCCCCCCAAAUGGUGGCCAUGCUCUCCACGGGGCCCACAGGCAUGAGUGCGUCCUAGGUGUGCGCCCCGUUGCUGUGUGUGCCUGGACCCUGCCUGUGAAAAACCUCCCCCACCCCCCGGAGGGCAGCCAGGCUGGCGUGGCCGAGGCUCGGAGAAGCCCGCGAGAAGUAAGGCUGUCGGGCCCCGGGCCACAGAGGCUGGACCCUGUCCUCAACACUGACAGAGCUCGGCGUGGGCCGUGGCCGGAGGCACGGGAGCGGGGCCCACAGAGCCACCUGCAGGGCCCCAGAGCCUCCGGGCACCUGGGCUUGUGAGCGAGCUGUUGGCCUCUUGAUCGGUCCACGCUUCCCCGCGCACUGCCCCUGUCACGCCGCCCAAGGCCUGCUUGUCCACCUGGUCACCUGGCUGCCCACGUCUUGCCCGGCCCCAGGACCAGCUGCUGCCAUGUCACUGGACUGGACGCCGAGCCUAGAAACUAACGAAGCAGCGGGGACGCUUGGGGAGCUUUGGGGGACGGAGGGGAAAGCCCGGUCCCGGAGGCGUGGUCAUCAGCCCAGAGGUGCCAUCCAUUCAACAGCCCCAUUAGGCGGACAGGAGCAGGAUCUGCGCUGUGGAGGGCGCUUAGUCAAGCGGGGGUGCCAGCAGCACACGAAAAAUGGUGAUUCCCACACAGUGACAGUUUGCUGGGGCCCUGGUAGGCGUGGGGUCCCCAGAAUAAACACACCCAGCUACCUGGGGCCGGUCUGUGCCUCGCAGACACCGUGGCUGGCAGCCACAGAGACCAGAGGGAGAGCUUCGCCCUGAGAUCCGGCUGAGCUGGGCGUUCCUGACGCAGGCACCAGGCACCUUUCGCCUGCACGCUGGCCCGGACCGCACGCUGAGUAAUGUGUGUGUGCGCGUGUCCCAAAGAUUGUUUAAACCUAAUAUUUGUAUUUGCUGAGGAGGCUGAAACAGGAGGGGGUGGAGUUUUAUAUAAGUAAAGAUUCUUUAGCUCUUUUUUUUUUUUACUUUUGAAACAA